AUGUCUAAUCUUAAACGUAAAGAGUCUCAGACUAUUGAUUCUAGACCAUCUAUUCUAUCCUCUGCUACUCAGUUGUCCAAGUCUCGUAAAAAGGUGCGGAUUGGUGGGUCUACUGUCUUGGGUGGGCUAGAUGAUGAAUCUUCAACUACACACCUCCAUACUAUGAAUCCCAUCAGACCUGGCAUCAAGGGUGUAUCGGAUACCAUUCUACGAAAGUCUCAACACAACAUCACUCGUUCUGGUUGGGCAGCUACUUCUGGUUGCGACAUGGAUGACGACGAUAUGGACGAAGAACUUGAAUCAUUUAAACAUCGUCGUGGUGCUGUCCGAUCUGAUGCAUAUGAAAGUGAUGAGGAUGUCGUGGAUUCAGACGAUAAUACAGAUGAUGACGGAGAUGGAACUAAAGCAGCUCCAGGAUUUUCCAAAUUCGGUAAACCGAAACAUUGGCACAAUGCAGAUGACGAAGAAGGCGAUGACAAGAACGAUCAAAAGCCAGAGGCUGAUCAUGAAGACGAUGAUAUGUUUGGUGAGGGAUUUGAUAAAAAGAAUCCAACUAGUAUUCCAAAAAAGCAUUUGGAAAGCAAUGAGAUUAACGGACAGGAAUGGCGUGAGGAUUUUGACGAUAUCAUUGAUGAUAAUGGGACAGUUAAAAUCGAGCCAUUCAAUAUGGAUCGCGAGCUGGAUGAAGGCGAGUUUGAUGAAAGCGGACAUUAUGUAGUCAAGAAGGAUGAGCAUGCAAUUCAUGAUUCGUGGCUUCAAAAUCUCUCCAAAAUGGACAUUGAAAAGGCGCGACGAGCCAAAGAAGCACAGAUGGACAAGAACAAGGAAGUCGAGGAUGUUGUAUUUGAUUCGGAUAUCAACAUGUUAUGGCGUGAAGUGCUUGGAUAUAUGCAGCCCCGUGAGACUCUCAUCAAGACUAUUCAACGAAUUGGAUUUUUAUCAAAGAAAAAAAAAGCAAAGGAUGUAAAGAAAAGCGACGCUGAUAUAGAAAGUAGAUUGACUCCAGACAUGAUCAAGCAACGCAAAGUAGCACUUGAGCGUAUUACUGCGUUGGGGAGCCAUUUGUUUGAUAGCGAUCAAUCAGCGUACGAGAAAUCGUAUGAGCAAAUUGUUCGUCUACUUCGUAGCAAAGAUUUAAUUGAUGACGACUGGGUUCAUGGAACUCCUUUGCCACCACUUUCUGAAAAAGCACAAUCAGAAGCAUUCGAGUACAAAUGGGGUGAAACGGGAACUGACUUGUAUGGUCCAUUCACACAUAACCAGAUGAACGUGUGGGCACAAUGCGGGUUACUUGCACAAGGAGAUGCACAAGUUCGGAUUGUUGGAAGCGACUCGAUCUUUAAACCUGUUUCUGAAUUCACAUUUCAGUCUACUACAGAAGAAACCUGACGGAUUGCGGAUUAAAUGGGUUAAUUAUUCACGUUGCGAUUGGUGUUUGAAUCUCAUGCAAUCCAUUGUUUCUAAUACACGAAUUAACAAGCAAUAAAAUAUGGAUUGUUUUUUUGAUG